GCCCCUCUCAAAGUUUGAUUUUUUUACCUUCUCAUUUAGGAUUCUUGAAAUACUGAACACUUAGGGUAUCUCUCUUUGGUGUGUUUAUUUGUGUGUGUGUUUGUGUGUGAGAGAGAGUGAGAGACAGAGAUUACAUGAUAUUGAACUCAGAGUCAUUCCUACUUCUCAAAAAGUGCCACAUCUGAGCAGUUUAUUGUUUUUUUUUUAUUCAUAUUGCUUGAGCAACACUUUGUGAUUUGUGUCCUACCCCAUAGGCCAACUUUUGAGCUCUUUCCAAGUUUUGUUUUUUACCCCUUCCAUUUCUUUACUUUGAUCUGGGGUUUUAAUUUUGCUUCUUGUCUAAGUUCCUUUGAUGCUAUAGAGCAAUAUUUUGGGUGUUCUUGAAAUGUGGCACUGUGGUAUGAUUUGAGCUUUGCAAAAAUAUUUCACUUGUUUCAUUGUGGCCUAUUGUUUGUUUAUUGCUCCCUUUUCUGUUCCGGAAGCGAGAGUCUGUUGGAAACAACCUCUUUACCCUAGUUAGGUAGGGGUAAGAUCGGUAGCGUACAUACUACUCUCCUCAGACCCCACUUGUGGGCUUGUUGUUGUUUCUUGAUUUUCUAUUCUUUGGUUCUUCUUUGAAUUUGAUUUGGUUCACUAGUACUAGAACUUAACCAAAAAAAAAAAAAAUGGAAGAAAAUCAAGAUUUGAAGUUUGUUUGCAAGUUGUGUAACAAAAAGUACCCUUGUGGGAAGUCACUUGGGGGCCACAUGAGAUCUCAUGUACUAACAAAUUCAGCUGAAUUUGAUGAAAAAAUUGAACCCCAACUUGAAAAGUUGCAAUCUUGGAAUAGAGAAAAUCAGCAUCAAUCAAAAUUUGAACUUGGUGGAAAUUCUGGUUAUGGCCUAAGAGAGAAUCCCAAGAAAACUUGGAGGGCUGUAGAUUCAACUUCUCCUUUACCUCAAGAGAAGAUUUGUCAACAAUGUGGUAAAGUAUUUCAAUCACUUAAAGCAUUGUGUGGUCAUAUGGCUUGUCAUUCAGAGAAAGAUAAAGGGACUAGUUAUUCAGAUACUGAAGCUGAGGAGGAGUUAAGGUUGAGGACAAGAUCAAAGACUAAGAGGUACAAAAGAAUUGUGGUUAAGUCUUCUGUUUGUUUAGUUAAUGAUAAUAAUACUAUUAAUAAUGGUUCAUCAUGUGUUUCUGAGAUUGAUAACGAACAAGAUCAAGAGGAAGUAGCAAAGUGUUUGAUGAUGUUGUCUAGGGAUUCUUGGAAUUGUGUUACUUCAUUUGUUGAGUCUUCUGAUAAUAAUUCUGUUGUUCUGGAGACCAAAUCAUCCUCUACUGACAUGAGAUUUACUAGAAAGGAUAGACUGAAAUUGGUUUAUAAUCAAGAUGAAACGCCGCGAACCAAGAAAAAGGAAGAUAGUAAGCUGAAACUUAGUGUUUUGGAUGCUGAAGCUGAGUCUGAGAACUCUGAUUCUGCAUACUUUUUAGAUGAAAAUACUAUAGUUGAAUCGGAUGUCUCUGUCGAUGGAUUAUAUAGAAAUGGUAAUAACAAAUGGAGCACCUCUAAAAUGAGUGAUACUGUUUGGUGUGAUGAGUCUUGGAUUGAUAAAGAAAAGGGCUUAAAUAGAACUAAAAGAUAUCCAACAGAGUCAAGAAGCGAAUAUGAUGAUUACCGGAUAGCUUCAUAUUUUGAUAAAUGUGAAUCAAGAAAGAGAAUUAAGAAUAGUUCUUAUCGUCUGGAAUUAGAGAAUGAGUCAUUUAAGAAGAAGUAUGAGUGCUUGAAUUGCAAGAAGAAUUUUAGCUCGUAUCAAGCUCUAGGUGGACAUAGACCUUGCCAUAAAAAGACGAAUGCUUAUAUCGAAUCAAUAAAUGGAAGUGAUGAGAAUAGCGUUGAUGCUGCUGAUUGCGAUAACAAGCAUAGGGAGACUUUAAGCAGUAGAAAACCGGCUUCUGCAGAGAAAAAGAGUAAGCCUAAGAAAUUCAAAGGACACGAAUGCCCAUUUUGCGACAGGAUUUUCAAGUCUGGUCAAGCUUUGGGUGGCCAUAAAAGGUCCCAUUUUAUUGUUAGUACUGCACAGAACAUGAAUCAAUCUUCACCUGUCAAGAAAGACGUCGACGAUUUACUUGAUCUUAACCUUCCUGCUCAGGUUGAAGAUGAGGAUGAUGAGCACGCGCACCUUGUAUCUUGGUAGUUGGUGACAAACAAGGUUACAAGAAGUAUGACCAUUUUGGCCGCGAGAUCAUUUUUCAAUUGGCAGAGAUAAUGCUAGAAUGUAUAGGCAAUUUUGCAGCCACAGUUUCUUCAUUUUUUGAUGUUAUAGAGGUAGUAGUUUCAUUCUUGCUGAUCAGUUAUAUGAACCUAACAUUUCCUUCUGA